ACGUCAGUAAAUUGAAUCGGUGACCCAGCACGAGCGUUCUGCCGAUUUGGUUUCUGGUGUCUUCUGUGUACACGCAUUCCCCCCGGGGAUUGACCACAUUUGCCUCUAGUAGUUCGAUAAUUAUUUAUUCAUUGCGAAAUUGUAGUACACGGAGUCGAGUGGUGAAAAUAGAUCGAACAGGACAGUAGGUGAAAGUUUUUUUUUCUCAAAUUCUCGAACAGUAUCGAAUCUAUUCAGUGCAAUCAUCCGCCGGGUGAGAACGAAACAAAUGGGGCAACAGCGACGAAAUCGGAUUGGCUUUAGCACGGCUUGGAUACUGUUAGCAGCUGUGGCUUAUGGUCUGUUUCAACCUACUGCCGGAGCCGCCGUCAUGUCGGUGGAUCUGGGCAGUGAAUGGAUGAAGGUCGGCGUUGUGUCGCAAGGCGUACCGAUGGAGAUGGCCUUGAACAAGGAGUCGAAGCGGAAGACACCAACCGCAAUUGCCUUCCGCGAUGGCGAUCGGGUAGUAGGCGAGGAUGCCUACAACAUUGGGGUUCGGUUUCCGGCCAACAACUUUGCGUAUCUGAUUGACCUACUCGGAAAGACGGUUGACAAUCCAAUGGUUGAGUUGUACAGAAAGCGCUUCCCGUACUACGACAUCGUCGAGAAUCCAACCCGCAAAACGGUGGUGUUCCGCAACGGAGAAGACUUAUACACCAUCGAAGAGUUGAUUGCACAGAUUCUGCAGGUGGCCAAGGGUUACGCCGAAGAUUUCACUGGCCAAACGGUAACGCAGUGUGUUCUUGUCGUACCGGGUUUCUUCGGUCAAGCCGAACGGCAGGCAAUGGUUGCCGCUGCUAAACUGGCUAAUCUUAACGUUCUUCAGUUGAUCAACGACUACACAGCUGUUGCGCUAAACUACGGAAUAUUCCGACGAAAGGAGUUCAAUGAAACGGCGCAGUAUUUCGUCUUCUACGAUAUGGGAGCGUACAAGACGACAGCGUCGGUUAUCAGUUACCAGCUUGUGAAAGAUAAAGCAAGUCGGGAGAUUUUACCUGUAGUACAGGUGAUUGGAGUGGGAUACGAUCGAACGCUGGGCGGGCUAGAGAUGCAGGUUCGUCUGCGAGAUUUUCUCGGCCAGGAAUUCAACAAAAUGGGCAAGACUAAAAGUGAUGUAUUCACCAAUUCGAGAGCGAUGGCUAAACUAUUCAAGGAGGCUGGCAGGCUGAAGAAUGUGCUCAGUGCCAACACAGAACAUUACGCGCAGAUUGAGGGUCUGCUAGAUGAACAAGAUUUCCGUUUACUGGUAACUCGGGAGCAAUUUGAAAAUCUAUGUAAGGAUUUGUACGAUCGUGUGACUGGUCCGAUUGACCGUGCUUUAUCUUCGUCUGGCUUAUCGAUUGAGCUCAUCAAUCAGGUGGUAUUGUUUGGCGGAAACACACGUGUUCCCAAGGUACAAGAAAUUCUAAAGGCUCACAUCAAACAGGAAUUGGGUAAAAAUUUGAACGCAGAUGAAGCUGCUUGCAUGGGAGCAGCCUACCGGGCAGCGGAUCUUGCCACUGGCUUCAAGGUGAAAAAGUUUGUCGUAAAGGAUGCCGUUUUGUUUCCGAUUCAUGUCGUGUUCGCCCGCGAAGGUGAAAGUGGAGCGACGAAACAGGUCCGAAGGACGCUUUUCGGAGCGAUGAAUGCCUACCCACAGAAAAAGGUUAUCAGUUUCAACAAACAUACAGAUGAUUUUGAAUUUUCCGUUGACUAUGCUGAAUUGGAUUCAGUUUUGAGCAAGGAAGAGAUUAAGAACAUAGGUUCGUUAAAUUUGACAAGUGUCAGCCUGAAGGAGGUGGGCAAAAAGAUAAACGCCUCACUUGCAACGAACGUUGUCUCAAAGGGCAUCAAGGCGCACUUUUCGCUUGACGACUCGGGACUUUUUUCCUUGGCCAACGUUGAGCUUGUUUUAGAAAAGACAGUCAAGGAAGAGGCCGAAAGCACGCUACAAAAGUUGGGCAACACUAUUAGUAAACUGUUUUCGGGCGAUUCAGAUGACGACAAAGGUACGGUUGUCGAGGAAUCAUCUCAGCAGGAUAGCGCAAAAGAAACCGAAUCUGGCGAAGAACAAAAACAGGACGAACCAGUAAACGCUACUAGUACGGCGGAAAAUGCAACCGCGACGGAAGGAACCGAUCCAACACAGAAUAAAACCGAAGCGGUUAAAACUGUUACUCUCAAGAAGCAAAUCCCUACGGAGAUUGAGCUGCUCUACGUACAACCCCUGGAGGGAGCCGAGUUUGAAAAGUCUCUCGCAAAAAUUCAAGCUUUAAACGAAUUGGAUGUCAGCAAGAAACGACGCGAAACUGCUUUGAAUGCGCUGGAAAGCUUUGUCAUCGAUGCUCAGGUGAGGCUGGACGAAGAUGAUUACGCUUCGUGCGCCACCCCAGAGGAAGCAGCUUCGAUUCGUAAAUCAUGUUCUGAGAUUUCCGACUGGCUGUACGAAGAUGGAGCUGACGCCGAUGCCGAAACCUACGAAAAGAAAUUGGAGGAAUUGCGUGCCGUUGCGAACCAGGUUUACGCUCGGCACUGGGAGCACAAAGAACGUCCGGAAGCUCUAAAUGCGCUGAAGCAAAUGAUCACCGGGGCAGGAGACUUCUUGAAUAAAGCAAAGAACUUCACCAAGGAAGGAAACCCCGAAAAGGAUGUAUUCACUCAGGUCGAAAUUGACACGCUGGAACGAGUCAUAAAAGAAACGAUCGAGUGGCGCAAGACGGAGGUUGCCGAACAAGAAAAACUUGCCCGUAACGUCGCUGUUCGUCUGACGGUUAAGGAUCUGACCGAUAAAAUGUCGUUGCUGGACCGUGAGGUUAAGUAUUUGGUUAACAAACUUAAGCUAUGGCGUCCAAAGGUGAAACCAACGCCACCACCAAAGGUGGAAAAGAACAGCGACGCAAAGGAAGACACGAAGACGAAAGAUGACGAGAAACCAGUGGUUGAGGAAGUUCCACAGGAUAGUGAAAAUACGGCCGGUGAUGAGGAACAGGAGAUCGAUCCUACCAAAACAGAAAAUGAUUCCGGCGAGCAGCAUACCGAGUUGUAGGCGGAUUCGUGUGAUACUUAGGCACAAGUUCAUCUACAUUCUUUUGUUUUGUAUUGAUUGGCUCUGUAGGUAAAUUAUUUAUUUUUUCAUUUAUUCCGGCCGUUUUCCUCUAUCCAUUAUCAGUAGACGUCCGUAAAAUAUUUUUUUGUUCGUGAAAAACCAUUCCGUAGAAGCAGUUAUUUCCAUUUCAUUCACAAUAUGUAGGAUUUUCAUCAAAGACGAAAUGCUAAGAAUGUAUCGAUAUAUGACUGAAUCCCCCCGUCGCAGACUAGAUCGGGGUUGGGAUAAUGAAAACAAGCGAAGAAACUUCGAUAGGAUAGAACGACUAGUAAUUAUGGAAAUAUUAAAACUAAUUUUGAAAAAAAUUAAACAAUUGUCAAACCAAAAGAAACAAAAAUAUUCAUGAGAGAAA